AUGUCUAAGUACAUUGUAUCGCUACUGGUUCUGGCCAGCUCCGCCAAUGCAGUCGGGCUCGGGGACGUCAAACAUGUCAUCAUGCUCAUGAUGGAGAACCGCUCCUUCCAGCACUAUUUUGGUACUAUGUCUGGUGUUCGAGGAUUUGCCGACCCUAAUGUGCAGGUCAACGCAGACGGCAGAUCUCUUAUCGGAGCCCACACUGAUCUUACUGGUGUCACUCCCGAGGCCGAAUGGCUUCUCCCUUACUGGCUGAAUUAUCUCGGCGGGGAGGAAAACUUUAACAAGAGCAAGUGUCUCUGCGCUGGUGCCAACAACUGGAUUCCUACCCAACAGGCGUUGCAAGGAGGAGUCAUGAACAAGUGGGCUCAGAUUGAUAAACCCCAGGCGUGGGGCUACUUCAAACGGCAGGAUAUCCCAUGGCACUUCGCUCUGGCAGAGUCCUAUACCGUGGCAGACGCGUAUCACGCAGUUAUCACUUCAAACACAGAUCCAAACAGAUGGUUCUGGCAGUCCGGCACGAUCAAUGUCCCUGGAGGCAAACAAGCGCUUGGCUCCGGUGGUGUGAUUCUCGAUAACAACCAAGCAAACGGUUGCGUGACCAAAAAUUUGGACUGCCUUCCCCUGCAAUGGCCCGCCUACGCCCAAUACCUGGACGAAGCCGGGGUAGACUGGCGAUCGUUCCAGGAGUCCUACAACUGGGCAACCAACAGCGGGCUUUUCUAUUUUGAGGCUUUCCAACAGGCAGCCGUGAAUUCCAGCUUGUACGAGCGUGGGCUCGCAUUCGAUGGCGAGAAUGGAUUUGAUUCUUUCAAGGCAGCCGCCGCCGCCGGAACCCUUCCAGAAGUCAGUUGGGUAUUCCCACCCGGAGCUUUGCAGGAGCAUCCGCCGAACACACCGAAGGAUGCAUCGUGGUUCAUGAAUGAGAUCGUCAGCGCCGCUAUCAACGGCCCAAAUUACAACGAGACCAUCAUCUUGAUCAACUAUGACGAGGCUGGUGGCUGGGGUGACGCCGUCAAACCUCUUGUCUCUCCUUACGGAACAGCCGGAGAGUGGUUCGAGGAUCCGUAUGGAAAGCUGGGUUACACGUUUUCCGGUCCCGGUAUUCGGGUCCCUUUAUGGAUUGUCUCCCCAUUCAGCCGCGGAGGAAAAGUCUUCACAGAGCGCGCCGACCACUCCUCAAUUCUCCAGUUUCUCGAGGAAUACCUCACAGCCAGAGGGUAUAAUGGCGUGAACACAACCCAAAUGUCUGACUGGCGCCGUGACCACAUGUCCAACCUCGUCAACGCUGUCAACUUCGAGAACCCCGACUACUCCAUCCCUGUUCUCCCCGAGCCUGCUGCCCCCAUCACCAACUCCGCCGGUCAGAUAAUCGGCAUGUACUCCGGUUUCUGCAACGUAGAAUGGACUGAUUCCUGCUCUGGCUCUCAAUAUGUCUCCGGAUUUCCGUACGGCAACCAAACAGAAGCCGAUUCCCUUAUCUACGAGAACGGAUUCAAGGGUGUUCGCGGUGCAAUAAACGAGGGUCAUUACCUCGUUUUCGAAGCGAACGGAUAUGCAUUGUCGAACCCCAGUGAUGGAACCAAGCAGUUUGGUGCUACGAAGGCGACUGCGGCGCAUGACGCGAAAGCUCAGAGAUGGGUCAUCCAUGGUGUUGCAGAGGAGGGAGCGGCGUUUAAGAUUACGAGUGCAGUUGAUGGGUUAUAUAUCUCGCAGCAUUCGAGUUUGAGUGUCUCGGUGAGUGGGGCGGAGGUCUAUAAUGUUGUGUAUAUUGGCAACAGCCAGUAUACGUUGCAGAAGGAGAACGGGCGUUAUUUGAACAUUGCCGCGGAUGAGACUAUUUCUUUUGCUUCUAAGCCGGUGCCGUAUAGUGUUUAUAGUGUUACUUAUAAUUAUUGAAUUGUCGCAACGGCGGAGGAACGAAGGAGGAAGAAUGAAUUUCUGGGAAAGGGAGAAGCAAGAAAGAGUUCAAUAGUUUACUGUUCCCUAGAAGCAAAUAAACCUAAUACUCGUAUGGAGUAUGAGUACGG